UGAAGCAGAAAUGGCUUUGGCUUUUUACAAAGCAUGUGUUCGGCCGUGGCACUGCGAUCCCCAGAUCCCUGUUAUGUUCUCAGCUUCUUUCUCUCUCUCUGUGUUUUGUACUUGAACACUGUAGUUGACUUGGGCUCAGAUGGGUUUCACUGACAUCUAAGGAGCUCCGAGAUAUUAGCUUUGCACAGACUCAGUCAGCCACCCAGUUCUGUUUCUGGUCGCAGAGUUUUCUCUCAAAACUAUGAGUGCGUCAAUGAAAAAGUGUUCUUCGAAUGGCUCUGAGAUUAUUUUAACAAGUGAAGAGCAGCAGACAAAGAUAAAUGAUGUGAGAAAGUUGUUAGGGACAGUGCCGGAGAAGUUGUCUUCGUACUGUUCUGAUGCAUCCAUUGCAAGGCAUUUAAGGGCCAGAAACUGGAAUGUCAAGAAGGCUACGAAAAUGUUGAAAGAUACCUUGAAGUGGAGGGCAGAAUACAGACCGGAGGAGAUUCGUUGGGAGGACGUAGCUCGUGAAGCAGAGACGGGAAAAAUAUACAGAUCAAAUUAUGUGGACAAGCAUGGGAGACCAGUUCUUGUCAUGAGACCGAGUUGCCAGAACUCAAAGUCAACGAAAGGUCAGAUACGAUAUUUGGUAUAUUGCAUGGAGAAUGCUAUCUUAAAUCUUCCACCAGACCAGGAACAGAUGGUGUGGCUAAUUGAUUUUCAAGGCUUCAAUUUGUCACAUAUAUCAGUGAAAGUGACUCGUGAAACUGCCCAUGUUUUGCAAGACAAAUAUCCAGAACGCCUAGGCCUUGCAAUACUCUACAACCCACCCAAGUUUUUUGAGCCAUUCUUUACGUUAGUAAAGCCUUUUCUAGAGCCAAAAACUUACAACAAAGUCAAAUUUGUGCAUGCGGAAGAUGUCAACACCAAGAAGAUAAUGGAGGACCUAUUUGAUAUUGAUAAACUUGAGGCUGCAUUUGGCGGAAAUGAUACUGCAGGUUUUGAUAUAAAUAAAUAUGCCGAGAGGAUGAAAGAGGAUGAUAAGAAGAUGCCUUGCACAACUGGAAAUCCUCCCUUGGCAGCCUCACAACCUGUCCUUACCAGUGCUGCUCUCUCAUUGGAUCCUGUCAAGUUAGACUCAAGUUCAGAUGCUUCUGAUAAUGGGAAAACAGACAGUCCCUUAUCCCAUGGCAUAGAACCAGAAAUUGUCUCAGAACGCCAUAUGGCAGUGACUGCUAGUACCACCAAUUCUACUGAUGUUGUAGAUCAAGUAUAAUGUCGUUUCAAGAUUCAGGUACGGUGACUUAACUGUAGUCAUGUUUCUUCCUGACCCUUUGGCUGCCAGGUUAGGUAAUUGAUAUAUAGAGGGCUCCUGUAAACUCCUAUUUUUAGUUAAUUUGUUUUGAGCAUAUUGAAACUCCAUGAAUGAAUUCACCUUUUGAAGUUGGUUAGAGCUCAAAAAAGUAGUUCCCAAAACCAAUUCAAAGAAUGUGUUGCAUCUCCUUACUUCAUUUAGGC